GAAUCAAGCCAUUAAAGGUGGUGAGCAUUCUGGCAAAGUAAAAAGGUAGUAUUCGAGGAUCAAGAAUCAGAGUUUCCCAAAUUCAAUUCUCAUUAUAAAUUUUUCUUUUUAAUCCUGGUUUGCAUCUAUCAACCACUUCAUAAUUUUUGCCAUUAACACCCCACCAAUCAUUCGAUUAAAAACAAGCAAAUUAUAAGCAGGUUCAGUUAGAAUCAACAUCAAGGUAUUGGCAACUUUAAGACCAUUUUCAAAAGCCAUAUGUUUCAGAAAAUGGAUGUAGAGUUGAGAGUUAUAGCUGCUCAACCCAGUUUCAGCUUUGGUGGUGCAUAUUCGCCCCCAUGAGAUGACCCCAAAUUUGAAGUCCUUCAUUAUCUUUUCUUCAUCUAUCUUUGUUCUGUUUCUAGCAAUCUCUUUUAGUUUCAGCAGAACAAACUACCACAGAAUCCAGCAAUUGAAAUUAAGCCUCAAUUCACGCCACCCAACUUUCUUUCAAUCCCUUCUAUCAUUUCUGCUCAAAACCCCAAAUCCCAACCGAUCCCACUCCCCAAAUCGCAUUUCCAGGGCCUCUCACUGCGUUCUAUGGAUGGCUCCCUUCCUUUCAGGUGGUGGGUAUAGUUCAGAAGCAUGGUCUUAUGUUUUAGCACUCAAUGAAUACAUGAAAAGUCUCGAAAACCCCAGUUUCAAAUUGGCUAUUGACCAACAUGGUGAUUUGGAGUCCCUAGAAUUUUGGGAGGGAUUGCCUCAAGAUAUCAGGAACUUGGCAAUUCGGCUUUAUCAAACAGAAUGUAGAAUAAAUGAGACCAUUGUGGUUUGCCAUAGUGAGCCUGGUGCUUGGUAUCCCCCAUUGUUUGAAACCCUUCCAUGCCCUCCAACUGGUUAUCAUGAUUUCAUGUUUGUCAUUGGCAGGACCAUGUUUGAGAGUGAUAGACUGACUUCUCAACAUGUUAAGCGUUGUAAUAGAAUGGAUUCUGUUUGGGUUCCUACUGAUUUUCAUGUGUCUACAUUUGUGCAAAGUGGGGUUGAUCCAGCUAAGGUUGUGAAAGUUGUGCAGCCUAUUGAUGUGAAGUUCUUUGAUCCCUCCAAGUAUAAGCCAUUGGACAUUGCUUCCAAAGGGAAUCUGGUUUUAGGUGCAAGGAUUCCUAAUUCCAAUCCUCGAAAGGAGUUUGUGUUCUUGAGUGUCUUUAAGUGGGAGUUUAGGAAAGGAUGGGACGUGUUGCUCAAAGCAUACCUGAGAGAAUUCUCCCGUGAUGAUGGGGUGGUUUUGUACUUGUUGACUAAUCCUUAUCAUUCUAAUAGAGAUUUUGACAACAAGAUUGUCCAAUUUGUUGAACAUUCUCACAUGGAAAAGCCAGCUAAUGGGUGGGCUUCUGUGUGUGUCAUUGAUACCCACAUAGCUCAGGUCGAUUUGCCAAAACUGUACAAGGCAGCUGAUGCAUUUGUGCUUCCAUCAAGAGGAGAAGGAUGGGGGAGACCUAUUGUGGAAGCCAUGGCAAUGUCUUUGCCAGCAAUAACAACUAAUUGGUCCGGGCCUACUGAGUAUUUAACAGAGGAGAAUAGCUACCCGUUGCCAGUGGAUAGACUGAGCGAAGUAACGGAAGGACCAUUUAAAGGGCAUUUGUGGGCUGAACCAUCAGUUAUUGAGCUUCAAGCUCUUAUGAGGCAUGUGAUUAGUAAUGUGGAGGAGGCCAAGGCUAAAGGUAAGCAGGCGAGGAAGGACAUGAUCAGAAAGUUUUCUCCUGAAAUUGUUGCAGGGAUGAUCACAGGCCAUAUACAAAAUAUAAUUGACCAAUGACAAGAUGAUGUCAUGUGGUGAUUUAUGCACAAAGUAUACUUGAGAUUAUGCUUCAGUUGAAGAUUAUAUGAUAAGUACUGGUGAUUUUAUGAGUUCAAGCCAACUAAAGCAGUUUGCAAACGUAGUCUAUGUUUGAUAGCUUUUCUUCUUUAUGGCAUGCAUUUUGUAAAACAUUUCAUCCCUUCGACAAUGGAGACCAGAUGAAUGAAGAAAUGCUCUCAUUUGAAAGAUGCCGCUGUUUGUAAGUUGAUGUAUCCUCGCAGAUUCAAGAUAUUUCCUUUUUAAGUUCUCAAGGUUCCAAUCUCAUUUUGGUUUUA